CAAAACCUAUUCCGGAUUUAGCCAUCCCCAAUGGGGGGCCGAAUGACCCGAUCUGGGAAUGUAUUAUCACUCAAAAAUCAGUCUACGAUAAAAACUCACGCGUCUAAGAAAGUCAAACCCGUCGACUCAUCAUCGUCACGACGCCAAAAUUCUUCUUUCUACGCUGCCUCACUGACUUCUUCCCUUUUCUCUUACCUUCCCUAACUCCAAAAUUAAAACCUCAUCUUCUUCUCUCUGCUUUCAUAUAUAAAUACACAUCGCCAUUUUCAAAGUCUUCUUAACUCUCAUGCCUUUGUUAAUAUAUAUUCAACUCAUCUCUUUCUCUCUUUGUCUCUCUCUCUCUCUCUCUCUCUCUCUCUCUCUCUCUGUCUAGCCUUUAGAGUUUAGAGCCGCCUUUAAAAAGCAAGAACCAAAAACUCACAAAUCAUUAUUUUGUACUACUAUUAUAGUAUAGUACACGUAUUCUUUCAUUUCUUCAAGAGUUUUUCUUAUUAGUUGUAUAACUAACUGAUAAGUUCGAAGGUUAGCACAACUUGCUUUGUUAGAGAAGCCAGCCGGGGAAAGGGAAAAAAGUAAAGUGAAAAAUGGCCGGAGGUGGUGGAGGAAGGUCGUUGGAGCAAACGCCGACGUGGGCGGUUGCCGUCGUUUGUUUUGUUUUGCUUGCUAUUUCAAUACUGAUUGAAUUCAUCAUCCAUCUCAUCGGAAAGUGGUUAAAAUCAAAGCAUAAAAGGGCACUAUUUGAAGCACUUGAAAAGAUCAAGUCAGAGCUAAUGCUGUUGGGGUUCAUCUCCUUGCUAUUAACGGUGGGACAAGGACCAAUCAGUGACAUAUGCAUUUCAAAAGAAAUAGGAGCAACUUGGCAUCCUUGCAGCAAGAAGCAAGAAGCCAAAAAGUAUGCAAAUUUUGAAGAACUUGUCGGAAGGAGACUUCUCUCCGAUGACCAGGCCGCCGGACUUCGCCGCAUUUUGGCAGCUGGAGGUGGCGACAAAUGUGAAGCCAAGGGAAAAGUAUCGUUUGUAUCAACCGAUGGAAUUCAUCAGCUGCACAUUUUCAUCUUCGUCUUGGCUGUUUUUCAUGUCCUCUAUUGUAUUUUGACCUAUGCCUUGGGCAGAGCUAAGAUGAGUAGUUGGAAGGCGUGGGAAAAAGAAACAAGAACUGCCGAAUACCAGUUCUCUCAUGAUCCAGAGAGGUUCAGAUUUGCAAGAGAAACAUCUUUCGGAAGAAGGCAUUUGAGCUUUUGGAGCAAGUCCCCCAUUCUACUUUGGAUUGUCUGUUUCUUCCGACAAUUCGUGAGAUCGGUGCCCAAAGUUGAUUACUUAACCUUGAGACAUGGAUUCAUCAUGGCACAUUUGGCACCUCAAAGCCACGCAAAAUUUGACUUCCAAAAGUAUAUUAAUAGAUCAUUGGAAGAGGAUUUCAAAGUGGUCGUUGGAAUCAGCCCUGUAAUCUGGCUCUUUGCCGUCAUUUUCCUCCUUUUCAACACCCAUGGUUGGUACUCAUAUUUGUGGCUUCCCUUCAUCCCAUUAAUCAUCAUCUUGUUAGUUGGGACCAAGCUACAAGUUAUUAUAACGAAAAUGGGUCUAAGGAUUCAAGAAAGAGGUGAAGUCGUGAAGGGUGUACCCGUGGUUCAACCGGGAGACGACCUCUUCUGGUUCAACCGCCCUCGGCUCAUUCUUUACCUCAUUAAUUUCGUUCUCUUUCAGAAUGCGUUCCAACUUGCCUUCUUUGCUUGGACUUGGUAUGAAUUUGGUCUGAGGUCUUGCUUCCAUGAGCAUUUGGAGGACAUCAUUAUUAGAAUUUCCAUGGGGGUUCUCAUACAAAUUCUUUGCAGUUAUGUCACACUUCCUCUCUAUGCCCUUGUAACACAGAUGGGAUCGACAAUGAAACCAACAAUAUUCAACGAAAGAGUAGCCACGGCAUUGAAAGCAUGGCACCACACAGCCAAGAAGCACGUGAAAGAGAGCAAGCACAACCACUCCGGGUUCCCGUCGCCGCUAGACAGCCGGGCAGCGACGCCGUCCCACGGCAUGUCGCCGGUGCAUCUCUUGCGCCAUUACAAGAGCGAUCUCGACAGCUUCCAAACAUCGCCAAGGAAGUCGAAUUACGAUUGGGAUAACGAAGGCUCGCCUUCGGUUUCUCCCAGGUUCUUGCAACUCGAAGAGGGUAGUAGCCAUGAUCAUCAUCAACGUCAAUAUGACCAGUUCCAAGACAUCGAACUCGGGUCCUUAGGGCAUAAUAGUAACAACAACAACAAUGUCGGCGGAUCGUCGGCGACAUCGCAGGUGGCUCCCUUGCCUCAACAACAAAACAGAAUUCCAGAUCAAACACAUAGUGGAAGAUCUGAUUUUACUUUUGGUAAAUGAAUGAAAAGGGUAUAUAUAUAGUAAUUAUUGAUCGAUGAUGAUGACGACGAUAUAAAAGUCAGCAUAGAACUAUUGUAUAUCUUCUCGGCCGAGACCCCCCCAUGUUGGCAAUGAAGUCACUUUGGGAUGAGUUUGCUUUCAUUCAAUUUUUCUUCUUCUUCUUUUUUUUUUUUUAAAAAAAUGUAUUUAGCCAGCUGGUUUGUUUAUGAUAUUGUAAAUUCACGAAAAAUUCCGUUGUGGAAUACUGAGGGUUGCUCUCUAAAUGAAGUUUCUAUGACUUUUUUUUUAGAGUAAUACUCUCCCGUACCAAAAUUAUUGUCCAAUUUGGAUUUUCAUUUAUACUCUCCCGUACCAAAAUUUUUAGAGUAAAUGAAAAUCCAAAUUAGACAAUAAUUUGGGGACAGAGGGAAUACAAAAUUGGAAUAAGUUACUUUUAGCCAGUGGCCUAAUGCCUCUUGUCAUUUUAGGAAUAGUAUAUAUCUCCAUUUUGACUAGGUAUCGAUUAUACAGUUGCAAAAAUAUUUGUUGUAUAAUCAUGAUGAAAUAGGAAAUGUUUUUCUGUAAUACGUCAUACUUCUUGCGAAACGUUUUCGCGUAGUAUUUAACAGAUGUCGAGUCAUUGUAUAUGUAUAUAAAAAUUCACUUAAUAUUUUAGCAUAAUGCGUGUUAAUAUUAAUUAUAUGUGUCAUGGAAAAUCCUAUGGCAGUUGG